ACAUAAAUUUCCAUAUUAUUUGGAUUUGCAGAUGGCGGGCGAGAAGAAGACAGGUGAUAAAAAGUCAGGUGAAAGUAAACCAGGUGAGAAGAAGGCAAGCCAGAAGAAAAUACGUGAGAAGACAAGGAAGCCUAAGAAGCAUCAUGCCAGCCGUAACCCUGUGCUGGCCCGGGGAAUCGGGCGGUAUUCCCGCUCAGCCAUGUAUGCCAGAAAAGCAAUGUACAAGCGCAAGUACACUGCUCCAGAAACAAAGAUAGAAAAGAAAAAGAAGGAAAAGCCACCUGCAACCAUCACCAAACCAGUUGGUGGAGAUAAGAAUGGAGGCAGCCGUGUGGUUAAAGUCCGCAAAAUGCCAAGAUACUACCCAACCGAGGAUGUUCCUCGCAAGCUUUUGAGUCAUGGCAAAAAGCCCUUUUGUCAGCACAAGAGGAAGCUGCGUGCCUCUAUUACUCCAGGAACUGUUCUGAUCCUUCUGACUGGUCGUCACAGAGGCAAGCGUGUGGUCUUCUUGAAGCAGCUUGCUACUGGCCUGUUGCUUGUUACAGGACCCUUGGUUAUCAACCGUGUCCCUCUGCGUAGGGCCCAUCAGAAAUUUGUUAUUGCUACAUCUACCAAGGUUGAUAUCACCGGCGUGAGAAUUCCCAAGCAUCUUACUGAUGCAUACUUUAAGAAGAAGAGGCUGCGUAAGCCAAAGCACCAGGAAGGCGAGAUCUUUGACACCGAAAAAGAAAAAUACGAGAUAACGGAGCAACGCAAGUCGGACCAGAAGGCAGUGGAUUCACAGAUCCUGGCAAGAAUCAAGAAGGUGCCUCAGCUCCGUGGGUACCUGCGGUCUACAUUUUCUCUCUCAAAUGGAGUUUAUCCUCACAAAUUGGUAUUCUAAUUAUUCUGAAAACAUCAUAUUAAAUUUGAGGAGGAAAAUGAAAGAA